UUAUUCUGUUUAAAUAGUAAUUUAUUCACGGGACACACUAAAUCGUGUGACUAUAUUUAGUAAAUUAAUAAAUUACAUAUUCGCAGUGGCAUAAGUGUCCGGUCUGUUAGGGCCGAAUCUCAAACCGGUCCUUACGUUAGGUAUAGUAGCACUUCAUAGUGGAUGACGUAACGCUUUCUGUGUACUAGGUAGUACACUAAGUGUGGAACGGAACCGUGGUUUAGGAGUGAUCCCUGGUUAACCAAACAUCAGAGCGCUUGUGGUUGGAACAGUGAGCUAAAUCCGAGCUGUUCUUCUUACUGUAGAGUCCAGAGUGGAUUAUAGUGGAAGUGUUGAGCUCCAAAACAACCAGAGUGUGGGGUAUUAGUUAUUAUUGUCAGUAACAGCUGCUGUUUUAAGGUUGCAGGUCGAGCAGUGAACUUCAGCAUGUCUUCAGCUCUCCUGCUGUGAGUUCAUGAGGAGCUUCAGGAUCAUGAUGGCACCGAAGUUUCAGCUCCUGGCGCUGCUGGCCUUCGCAGUAACCAUGCUGUUCCUGGAGAACCAGAUCCACCAGCUGGAGGAGUCCAGAGGGAAGCUGGAGCGUGCCAUCGCGAGGCUGGAAGUGCGUGACAUCGAGGAACGCCGCACUCAGGAAGGACAGAGGGAAUCUCGCGAGGACGUUGAGAACGACCUGGUGGUCAUCUACAAUCGAGUCCCCAAAACUGCCAGCACCUCCUUUACCAACCUGGCCUACGACCUGUGCAGCAGGAACCACUACCACGUCCUGCACAUCAACACCAGCAAGAACAACCCUGUCAUGUCCCUGCAGGACCAGGUGCGCUUCGUGAAGAAUGUGACAACGUGGAAGGAGAUGAAGCCGGCGAUCUACCACGGACACGUGUCGUUCCUCGACUUCUCCAAAUUUGGCGUGAUGAAAAAACCCAUUUACAUCAACAUCGUGCGCGACCCCAUCGAACGCCUGGUGUCCUAUUACUACUUCCUGCGCUUCGGGGACGAUUACAGACCGGGCCUAAAACGCAGGAAACAGGGGGACAAGAAGACGUUUGAUGAGUGUGUUGCUGCGGCAGGUUCAGACUGCGCUCCAGAAAAGCUGUGGCUUCAGAUCCCCUUCUUCUGUGGUCAUUACUCUGAGUGCUGGAACAUCGGCAGUCGCUGGGCUCUGGAGCAGGCCAAGUAUAACUUGAUUAACGAGUACCUGCUGGUGGGCGUGACCGAGGAGCUCGAGGACUUUGUGAUGAUGCUGGAGGCAGCACUGCCUCGGUUCUUCAGAGGAGCCACCGAGCUCUACAGGACAGGAAAAAAGUCCCACCUGAGGAAGACUAGCGAGAAGAAGCCGCCCACUAAGGAGUCCAUCGCUCGGCUGCAGCAGUCAGACAUCUGGAAGCUUGAAAACGAGUUUUAUGAGUUUGCGCUUGAGCAGUUCCAGUUCGUCCGCGCUCACGGCGUGAAGGAGAAGGACGGCGAGCUGUACCUCCUACCGCAGAACUACUUCUAUGAGAAAAUCUACCCCAAGACCACCUGAGAGGGACGGAAGCAGCGCCGCCCUGGUGCCACUUGAUGUUGUUCACUGGAAGAGCACCGCUCGGCACGGCUCGGCUCUGAGGUCUGUCUGUUUCAGCAGUGUCCUUGCCGUGCAGCUGGAUGUCUCACAGCUCAGCUGUGUUUGGAUUUCACUUUUCUUUGUCUUUAUGUUUGUACAUUUGAUCUCUUUAAACUUGAGGUAAACACAGAGACAAGCUCGAGGCAGCAGGACCGGUUUAGUGCACAUGUCGGACUCAUGGACAGUAACCACAGAUGAUUUGAUUCAUCUAAUUUCAUUUUAAUGGACGUUAAUACAAAGAAAAAAAAAUCAGGCUAACUCAUGUGCCGUAGCGUUCACUUUCAUUUGUUUAGAAUAAAGGACCCAGUUGUAAUGUUUAGCGCUCUCUGCUGGAUGCAAAGCUUCAUAAGUUCUGCAUGUGCAGUUACAGGAGAAUCCUUUUCUUAAAACCAAAAUAGCUCAAGUGUUUUAUUCCAGUUUUUUUUUUUUUUUUAUUUAUUGAGCAUUUCAUACUUUUUAUCUAAAAAUUGAAUUCUUUAAAACGAGUUUCUUUUUUAACAAAAGUCCUUCCCCCUCCAGAGUCUGUACAACACAAAACAGUAGUUAUCUUGUGUUCACAGUUACAGGAAAAUAAUCCAAGACUUUUUUUCAGUGUAAAAAAAAUUUGAAUAAUGAUGCUUCUUAAAUUUUUAUGCACUUCAUAAUUAUGUGUUAAAAAAAAAGUUCACGUUCUCAUUUCCGUUACAGCAGCUUUAAAUGCCUGUUCCUUUA